AUGGAACGUUCCCUCCCCCACAAAUGGCCAGAAAUUUGGAAAACUGUAAUGAGCUUUUCCGAGAGAUUUUCAGAACUCGUAAUGUUCAGUACAGGUUCAUUUAGCGGUAUUUCUGCCUGGAACAACAUCUACAGAAAUAACGGAAAAGCACACCUAAAGAAAUGGGAAAUGUUUGUCACUGCAGGUUGUACUGAAUCAUGGUAUUUACCUCGUUUUCUAUUGGCAGUGGAAACUCCUUUAAAUUUUUCCUUUACUUUUCAAGAUUGCGGUAGAUUCAAGGACGACUCCUCUGCAGAUCAAUAUCGAAGACGAACCGCCGUGCUAUUAGUGCUCAAUAAGGUCACUAUUCCAGUUACCAGCCAAAAUCGGCGACUCAUUAAGAGAGCUGGUCGAGUAAAAUUCGAAAAUGGAAUUGACUUGAGUGGGGCACGGCUUGUUUGUCUCGGUUGUGAUGAUUCCGUUGCUUUGAAAUUAUACGGCUCGCACUACAACGGAAUUCUUAAUCCCGAUCCGAUUAAAAGAGCGUCAAACAUAUAUAUUGACGAUUGCUUGCUAUCAAUUAUCUCAAUCAUCGUGAUUAUUCAAGAUGAUGUUGUCUCCGACGAAUCGAAAUAUGAAUCGAUCAAUCGCCCUAUACAGAUAGCUGUUAACAACCAUAGUGACAAUACUGCUGCCCUCAGGACUGAAUCGGCUAUACUACGUAGCCUUCAUACCAAUCGUUGCUUCUUGGGAAAAGCCCAUGCCUCUUAA